AUGCCUUUCACGUCAAGCUUAUUCACAAAGCUACCACGGAACACUGUCGUUUUGUUAGGAGUUGAUAAGCAACUUGAACUUAUCAACGUAUUUUGGCCUCAACUCAAACUUACAAAGGAAGACUACAUCUCAGAAGUUUACCAAGCCUUCUUCGACUUCAUCAGUAGGUCUCUGCAAGAGCUGCAACCUCGUUCGAAUGCGUUCGCAGCGCAGGAUUUGCCCAGCUUACUCGCUAUUGUCGAAACUUCCUCCACAGAACGUAAAUCUACAAAGGAAGAGAUCGUCGUAAAGAUCAAACCGAACUACUUCAAUGCUGGAGAUGCUGAAAUCAAACGAUCGAUCGAACUGGGCCUUCGCAUGUGGCUCGGCAUACAUAUAAGCUCGAAAGAAAUCUCCAUAGGACCUGUCAACUCGAGAAACACUCGCAUCGAAUGGCCCGACAACAAAACUCUCGAAGCUCUAGUCUCAGAUGAGUUCAAGCCGUUUCCUCUCAAGAAUGCUGCCAUCGAUUUGCCACUCCAGGGGUCGUUCAAUGCAGUCAGCCUGAAACGCAUAUGUCGUCUGCAGAUCCGAUGGACGGACAAUCUGGCCGACCAUCUGAAGCUGGCAGGAACACGGGGCCAGCGAAGCUUGUCCAUCUAUCGCCAGAAGAUCUGUCUCAUCAACCAUCGAAAGGCGCCCGGUCCAACAAUCAUCCCAUUGGAGAUCUUGGACGAAGCAAUACACUCCCUCGAUCUGUUGUUUCCAUUUGGGCACUCAGAGACAGACGAUUUUCUCGCAUCCGAGCAGGUGCAGCUCCAUGCGCCCCAUCCAUUUGGACUGCCUCGCGCCACUGAGCUCGACGACUUCAGAUACUGGCGUUCAAAUAUUGCGCAGUUACUCCUCUUACUGAAUGGACCUCCAGAAACGGUUGCUCAGACAUUGCUUGAUACCCGCAAUUUGCCACAAAUCGCAACUAUAUGGAUCGCAAUCUUUGGGGUGUUCUUUCUUACUAUCCUUUUUGGCUGUCUCAGUACUAUAGACACGUGGGAACAGGCCGCGGCAGAGUUGGUGGUAGUUCUUGGAGAAUACGCAAAGGAUGACGAACAAUGCAAAUACUCACGUCAAAUUUCGAUUGGACAAGGAUUCCAAGGUGCCGGCACAGCCGAUGCGUCGCAAGUGCCAUGA